GCUCAACGCGCAUGCGCCUGCGCCUGCUGUACUACGGGUGCCUGCAGGGUCUCAAACUUGAAGUGUUUCUUCGACAAGCUGUGAAGGAAUUCCUCCAAAACAUACUCCAAUAUUUGGAUUUCGCGGAUAUGAACACAUGUUUGGUGAUUAUUUGGUAACAAGCAACGAAGGAUAUUUGAGGAGGAAUUGGAUAUUUGAGUAGUUUCGCUUUCUUUUUUAUUUUCUUGACAGCUCGCCAAGUAACAUUAGCAAUUAGCUGAAGUCUUAAGAUGGUAAUUGUUUUAAUUCUUUCAGCUCAGGUUCUCUUCACUGAUCUCAAGGCUGAGGGAUAUAACUAUCGUUGCAUUGUUUCCUGACCUUUUCUUCCAUAUGAGAACUGAACCUGUUGAUUUUCCCCAUAUAUUGUGCAUGGUGUGUGGACGGACUUCAGUGUAGCACUGUGUUGACUUGGACAGAUAAAACUGGACUUCAGAGAAUCAGCUGUCCGAAGGUCGACAGAGUGACAGCCUUCGACCGGAGCACAUAUUCUUUUAUAGGGUCAUCCUACCAGGAGAUGAGCAACACCAACAUGAGCUAACUACAGUCCACCAGAGACUGGGUUGGGAUUGCAUGGCCAGGUUUUCCACUAUGGGGAGUCAGAAGAUCAGUUUGAGGAAGGAAACCUUCAUUUUGUCUGUGGACGUCGGGACAACAUCGAUCAGGUGUCACGUUUAUGACAAGGAGGCAAAAAUCCGAGGAUCAUGUUGCACUAAGGUUUGCCCCAUCUAUCCAAAGGUGGGACAUGUAGAGAUGGACCCUGAUGCCUUGUGGGAAGGGUUUAUCACUGUGGUCACUGGAGCUGUACAAGAUGCAGGGGUGCAGAUGCGUCAGAUUGAGGCCCUUAGCAUCUCCACCCAACGAGGAACGUUCACUACAUGGGACAGAAAAACCGGGGUUCCUUUUCAUAACUUCAUCAGCUGGCAGGAUCAGAGGGCAGCAGACCUGGCGCGAUCCUGGAACAGAUCCUGUACCAUGAAAGUGAUCCACUGUGUGACUAAGGUCCUCUACUUCCUGACCAGACGGAAGAGGACACUCGCUGCAAGUCUGGUUGUCUUCUCCAGUCAACAUGUCACCUUACGCCUCGUCUGGGUCCUCACACACUACAAACAGGUUCGCCAAGCGGUCGCUGAAAGAAACUGCUGCUUUGGAACAAUAGACACUUGGCUGCUGUUCAAACUCACUAAAGGGCGCAUCCAUGUCACAGACUAUUCUAACGCAAGUUCAACAGGAAUAUUUGACUCGUAUCAGAUGUGUUGGAGUGGGUUUAUCACCUCCCUUUUGUCAAUCCCUCUCUCAAUUCUUCCUACAGUAGAAAACACAGGACAUGACUUUGGCUCCACUGACCCUUCUAUCUUUGGAGUUCCCAUUCCCAUCAUGUCCGUGAUGGCAGAUCAGCAGGCGGCCAUGUUUGGAGAGUGCUGCUUCGGGGUUGGUGAUGUGAAAAUCACAAUGGGUACAGGAACCUUCAUGGACAUCAACACGGGAAGCAAACCGCAUACAUCUGUAGGAGGUCUGUAUCCUCUGGUUGGCUGGAAGAUUGGCUCAGAGGUGGUUUUUUUGGCUGAAGGAAAUUCAGCAGACACUGGGACAGCUGUCAAAUGGGCCCAUGAUCUGGAGCUCUUCACUGACGUCCAGACGACCAGUGACAUAGCGUACAGUGUCCGUGACUCAGACGGGGUGUGUUUCGUCCCCUCCUUCAGUGGCCUGCAGGCUCCUCUGAAUGACCCCAAAGCCUGUGCCUCCUUCAUGGGCCUCAAACCUUCAACUACUAAAAGUCACCUGGUCCGAGCCAUCCUUGAGUCCAUCGCCUUUAGAAACAAGCAGCUGUACGAGCUGAUGCUGAGGGAAACUCGCAUCCCCAUCAAAAAGAUCAGGAUGGAUGGAGGAGUCUCCACCAACGACUUUGUCAUGCAGCUGACUGCAGACCUGUUUGGCAGAAAGGUGGCCAGACCCCUGCACCACGAAAUGUCAUGUUUAGGGGCCGCGUAUGUCGCCGGACUUGGAACUGGCUUCUGGAAAACCAGGGAAGAGCUGAAGAAGCUGCAGAGCACUGACAAGGUGUUUCGGCCCAGAGAGGCAACUCAGGUUUCCCAUCCCUCUGGCAGCACGAGUCGAGAAUACCUCCCAAUCCUCCAGAGCUGGGAGAGAGCUCUCAAACGCUCCAUGGACUGGUACAGUAAGACUUGAAAACUGGAUGAUUGAGGGUUUGAACUGGUUGGGAAAAUCUGGCACAAGCUCUGCAUACGUGUGAAAGCAGGACAUUUGUUUUCACAUUUUGUAAUGAUAAAAAAAAAAACUACAAAAGGUCCAUUUCAGUUCCGAUGCUGUUUGAAGCAUCGUCAGCUACCUUCACUUGAAGUCUUUAACAUGUUCGCACAUUUGUUCCUCUUCUUGAUUACUUCACUCAGCAGUCUUAUCAGAUUAUUUUAUUCCACUUCUCAAGCCACUGGUACCUCUUUAUUUUAGAGUAUUUAACCCGAGAUGUACAUCUCCCCACAUGGGGGCGCUAAUGACUACUUUUACAGCUUUUUAAUGUAUGAACUCUGCUAUAGCAACCACAGGCUGCAUGCUAACAAGCAGCAGCAGAGUCACAUCAGUGAUAUCAGAUUCAAACACCAUCCUCUGUGAGGAAAAAUACACAGAGCUUAACCUGUCUGUCCAUGACACCUCCAGAUUUAAAGAAUUCUUAAUAGGAAACUGAUUUAAUGAAACAAUGUUAGAGCUGUGUAUGUACUUCUUAGCUUAUCAAAAGCAUUUAUGUCGUCUAAUGUAGUCUAUCGAAGAUCAACUCCUAACAAAACACAAGUAUUAACUGUGAUGAUUUUUUUUCGCAUUACUGGAACAAAAACCUGAAUGUAUGUUGACAUUCCAUUCGCUUUGAGUGCUUUGACACCUGCUUGUCUGCUUCUGUGAUGAAUCACACAUCUCCCUCAGCAAGAACCAGGAAACACCAUCAUCUGUGAGAGGAAAUUUACAGGAUUUACAAAAUUUUAUGGAGUUAGCGGUGCUAUAUCAGCUGUAAUUCAUUCACGUCGUCACGCAGAAAUCUCAAAUUGAUCCAUGAGUUUAUUUCAAGAUAUGUACAUGUUAACAAUAAUAAUGUUAAUACAUUUACGAGCAAUAUAAAUAUAUGAAGUGAGACUGACUCAAGCAGAAUGAUGACACAAAGAAAAAUGUAUUUUUUCAUUGUAUUACACGGGUUGUGUAGCUGUUUUGUCGGUAACUAGUUUGUGAUGAUGAUUGUCAUGUUGUCUUGUGAUAAAGUUAUGACUCAAGUCUUUUUCUUGACCUGAUGAACUCUGAUGACAAACUGAAAUGACUCUUUGUGUGAAGACACUCUGUCCACUCUGUGACUUUUAUUGUGGAGUAGGUUUUCUUGGUGAUAAAAAAAAAUAGCCAUUCUUUAAACUGUUGUGUUUUUUUCUAAAAAAAAUAUAUAUAUAUUUACAGGUAUUUUAUGCAAAGUGGCAUUAUGCAUAAUGUAUUUGUUAACACCUCAGCAUUCAUUUUCUAACACUUUGUAUUUCAUUCAGUUCUUGAAUGGCAAUGUUAACCCAAACUGCAGGGAAAUAUGAGAUGACAUAUCAUUUUGUAACUAAACUGGAUGAAAAUAUCCACUCUGGUUGACCUCAGUAUUAAAAACUUUAUUGAUAAGCA